UAUACUUUCUUUGAUUUAUGAACUUAUAAACCAGUUUCUCAAUCUCCUCACGUAAAAACCUUUUAGUUAUUUUGAAUAUUUUUUUUAAACAUUUGAUGUGAGAGGUGGUUCCUCCUCUAUUUAUUGCCAAGUGCCGACCUUGCUUGGUUUACAAUGGCUUCUCUAGUUUUAUUUACCUCCUUUUUUCUAGUUAUUUGCAUGCAUUCCUCCAACGCUCGUCUUCUUCUUACCGUCGUUAAACAUAGAUCUUCUACAAGAUCACAUCAUCUUCAGAUCGCGGAAAAGAUUAAUGGUGGCGAUGAGAUGGUUGAAAGAACACGGGCUCCAGUUAUAAGACCUCCUGCAACUCCAUUUUCAAAGGCUGAAUUUGGAGAAUCGCUGACAGGAAAUGAACAAAACGAUGCAGGAAGUGAUAUUGUUGAAUCUUCUUCCUUCCAUCAUGUGGCUUUGCUAAAGGGAAAACAUGUAGAGGAUUCAAAAAAACCAAUUGUAUCUCGUUACCCUGGAAAAGAAGAAGUUAAGCAUUCAGAAAAUGACGACAUUGUAGUAACAGACUAUCAACCACCUCACCGGAAAGCACCAAUACAUAACAAAUGAGCUUUUU